CGGGCCGGGCCCGUGGGGCACCGGGCGGAGAACGUGGGACCCUGGGGCCUCCUGAGCCGCAGCGGCCUCUGCCGCGCUGCCCCUGAACCUCCCGGCUCUCGCGUUCAUACCCUAACGCUCGGUUGCACUGUCGUUACUACCCAGUGGCGUUGCUGUGCCUCCUUGGCAGCGACGUUACCGAGGGUUUACACGGUUGGGGAAGGCAGGAAACUUCUGACUCGGCUCGGAUGAAGACGGGAAGAAAAAGCCUGUGCUUUUUGCCUAGUGGCAUUGGAGUUGCCUCUUGGUGCACAACAUAUUCAGUACUCAUCUUUACAGUCACCGUCAAAUGGAAGUGAUAAGCUGCACACCUGCAAAACAUCUUUAGAAAGAAAAAGGCCCUCACUUUAGAUGAAUGUUCUCACAGGCUAAGAGACUGAAUUUUGUGAGAAAGGAUUUUACAGUUUUUCUUUUCAUAAGAGGCAGAAGGGAUUUAUGGAAUAAGCAUUUUGAAACACUGACGCUUAUAUAGCUUGACAGCCCUUGCACUUUUAUAAUAAAUGUCCCCAUGCAAAUGGUAUUUUCCAUUUUAUAACUUUGUUAGAUACAGUGAGGUAAUAGAUAAUUUCCUGUGAUGGCAUUCUUUUCUCAAACUAGUCAUCAAGUUUUUCAGCCUUUGCUGUGGAGGUGUCGUGUGUUCUGGCCUGUUUCAAGAUGCCAACAACUGUUUGCUGCCUCUCUCAACACCUCAAAUAGAGAAAAGAUUAGCUAUUUUGGUUUUACAGCAUCCUCCAGCACGGCGUUACCAGUGGAUCCCAAAGGAACUGCUGUCUUUCCUACCAAGAAAAGGUCUGAAAUUGAUUUUGAAGAAGAAAAAGGGUGGGAUGAGGAGCCUAAAGAAAUAUCUGAAGGGAAACUCCGCUUUUCCUCCUCUGCUGGAUCUCUGAAGAAGCAGUUAACGAAUCGUGUCCUGCCAAGACAUAAGUUUAUGAACAUACAGCCUCCAGAAAAACCCUUGCAGGCUCAGGAAUGGAACAGACUGAAGGAAAGCUUUCAGUUACCUGAAGCAUUUGAAGAAGUGAUGUUUAAUAAUAUGAUCAGGUGCAACAGCCCCAUUGAUGUGGCUAAGUCCUUGAUGACCCAUGUGGCAAAGAGUAAUGGUGAUGUUGCAUAUCAUUUGUUGGUCAAAUAUCUGGCAUUGUGUGUCCAGCAAGGACAGACUUCAGAAAUUUGUGAUGUGUAUGAUAUAAUGAAAACCAGAUUUAGGACUUUGGAUAGUGGGGCUUAUAACCUUCUUAUCAGGGGGCUGUGUAAUUCAGAUGAGUGGAGAAUGGCCUUGACUCUUUUGGAAGAAGUAAGAAAGAUUAUGGUUCCCUCACGGACAAACUAUGAAUCCUGUAUCAAAGCAGCCAGCCGUCACCAGGAAAUGAAUCUUGCAUUUGAACUUUACCAUGAAAUGUUGGCUAAAGAUUUGGUCCCGACCUUUGAUGUCCUGCAAGCUCUUUUUGACUUCAGCAGGGGUGUGGAAGGUGCUCAGUUACAAAAAGAGCUAUUUGAUAUCCUCUUAUAUUUGAGAGAGAACCAAAAAUACCCUCACAAAACAUUUAUGUGGAGUAUAAAGCUAUGGUUUGAAAGUAUACCAGGAGGACACUGGAGAGGAAACCUGACCAACAUUAAAGACAGCGGACAGUGCCCAGUCUGCAAGCAUCAGCUGGAGGAUAGUGACCUCACUGAAGAGGAGUAUAAUAAACUCAGAGAAAGAAUAGUAAGAGAUGUGAUACAUGGAACUGACACUUUUAGAAAGACAAGCCCACAGGAAUUUGAAGCCUUUCAAACAUUUGUGGAAAAUCGACUUCCGUUUGAUAUUGUUAUUGAUGGACUCAAUGUUUCCCACAUAAAACCCAGAAAGAUGCAGUGUGAAAAUCUAUUUGAUGCUGUCAACUGCCUGGCAAAAGAAAAUACCAGGUUGCUUGUGCUGGGGCGCAAACACAUGCUCGUUAACUCUUCGAAUUGGAAAAGAGAGAUUAUGAAGGAGAUGCAGAAUAAGGCAGACUUCUUCUUUGCUGAAAAUAUCUCUGAAGAUGAUGCCUUCUUGUUAUAUGCCACUCUUCAAUCAGGCAAGCAUUGCAAGUUUGUUACUAGAGACUUCCUCCGGGAUCACAAGGCUUGUCUUUCUGACAAUCUGACACGUCAUCUGUUCCGUAAGUGGCAGCGUGGACACCAAAUAGCAUUUUCCGUUGAAGGAAAGCAUAUAAAUUUUUUGCCUGCGCUCCGUUAUGACUGUGUGGUACAGACUACAGGUGAUACGUGGCAUAUCCCCUAUAAAGACGCUUUUGAGGAAAAAUAUUCAUAUCAAGUGCCAAGAAAAUGGCUCUGCAUUCAACAGAAGUGAUUAAGAAUGUAAUUGCAUGAGCUGAAACUGUUCCUUUUUCUUAAUCACCAUUGCUGACUAGGAGAAACCAGCAGUACAGUUAUGGGAUUAUUGUUGAGGCAUAUAACUAAAGGAAAUUCAGUAACUGUAUUUUGUCAAAAUCAUUCCUGCAGUAAUCUGUUAACAUCCAUGAUUAACUCCAACAGCAGGGAUGAAUUACGUCCAUUAUUUCCAUCUUUACAGGCAAUUUCUGUAGCCCCUCAAUGUGAUUUGAAUUAAAACUUUUUUUUCCGUCUUCAAAUUUCAGGUUGUAUUUUUUUAACGCUUUUUUUGUGCAAGCUUUUCAUCUACACUGAAAUUCAGUAACUUUGUACUUCUGGGAUUCUAAGCAGUACUUCAAAGUACCAUCAAAAUGGGCAGGCUGACCUUGCAACAGUGUCACAUGAUAUCUAUAGGCAAUAAAUGGCAUUAAUGGGGCCAAAUGGUAUGUUUACUGUUUGCCAGACACACGUAGCCCUAAUACUUCCUCACAUUAACUAGAAUUCAUUUGAUCACAUGGACUGUAAGAGAUUUAUUGUAGCAACAUAUAUUAAGAUUUUGACUGAAAGAAUUAGGAAACCAGUGGGAUAUUGCAUGGCACACACUUUAGUUUUCUGCUUCAGGCAGGAUUUCAUGUCACUGAAAUAGUUUGCUUAUGGAAAUGUCUAAAUUUUCUAAAGAAACAUUGUUCAUAACCAGAAAUUACAGGCAGUAAUAGAACAAAACUGAGCUUUUGUAUUGUCCCCUGGCAAGUUCCCUCAGGACUCUCAGCGUUCAAGCAUGUUCCCUGCUACUUUUUUUCACAUCAGAGACACGUGUCAUAGGUAACACUUCUUCUACCCUUACUUUGUAAACCAGCAGCUGUGAUUCACAUGCAGUUGUGUCCUUCAGGCACUGUGCAGAAAGGGUAGAGGAGCUGCAUACCUCUUAAGGUGUCAUUGUCAUGGUUUUUAAAUUUAUCAUUGUCCCAGCCAAAGCCAGGCCAGUCAUGUUGUUGGUAGCAUUCAUCACAGACCCCUUUUCUGAUAGAACAUGCCAGCUUCUAUACAUCACCUGCUUUCAAGAGUCUGCAAGAGAAAGCAGAGAGACUGGGUCUUCUUCUCUCACUACUCAAACUAAUUUACUGGUCUUUUGUCAGAAGACUGUUUUUACAAUGCUGUAAGUAAGAGAACUGCCACAUCUCCUUGAAAAUGCAAAUACUGCUUUGCAAAUACCACUUUGCAGAUACCACUUUGUUGAAGUGAGUGUCGUCUUCUGUACAGGACUGCUUAGUAAGCAACCCUUGCUCUGUACGAAGGUUACUUACCCUCCGUAUGAAGUUCUGUAACAGCAAAAGCUCCUGUGAAUCAGUGCUGUUACCAUCUCAAUUUGCGACUAGCUCUGGUUAUCAUGCAGUCUUAAGUGACUCAGAGCUGCAUCAGAUGAAUGCAAACCCUUUAAAUUGGCAGUGUUGUAUUGGAACUAGCACCACCGCACAAGCACUGGUACCCGUGUUGGUGGAAAUGUCAGGCUGUAGAAGGUAGGCUGCUGCAGCUCUAAUUCAGGUCACCUUUAGCAGAUUAGAAGUAGCACUUUCAGGUUAUCUAUUUCAUUGUCAUUCAAGUCUGUAUUGUACCUCGCGCUGGUCAUUAACAUGCAUCAUAUCAACAUCCAACUGGAAUAAAUGCU